AUGGAUUCUCAGCGGGAACUCACAGAGGAACUGCGGCUUUACCAAUCCACCCUUCUUCAGGACGGUCUAAAAGAUCUCCUGGAAGAAAAAAAAUUCAUCGAUUGCACCCUAAAAGCAGGUGACAAAAGUCUUCCUUGCCACAGGUUGAUUUUGUCAGCUUGUAGUCCUUACUUCCGUGAGUAUUUUUUAUCUGAAAUUGAUGAGGGGAAAAAAAAGGAAGUAGUGUUAGAUAAUGUGGAUCCUGCUGUGCUGGAUUUGAUCAUCAAGUACCUGUACUCUGCCAGUAUCGACCUCAACGAUGGAAACGUGCAGGAUAUUUUUGCCCUGGCUAGCCGCUUUCAGAUCCCUUCGGUGUUCACUGUCUGUGUUUCUUAUCUUCAGAAGAGACUUGCUCCUGGUAACUGUCUAGCCAUCUUAAGGUUAGGACUUCUUCUCGACUGCCCAAGACUCGCCAUCUCUGCCCGUGAAUUUGUGUCUGAUCGCUUUGUACAGAUUUGCAAGGAAGAGGACUUUAUGCAGCUAUCUCCACAGGAACUGAUCUCAGUAAUUUCAAAUGACAGCCUAAAUGUAGAAAAGGAAGAAGCAGUAUUUGAGGCAGUGAUGAAAUGGGUGCGAACGGACAAAGAAAACAGGGUUAAGAACCUUAGUGAAGUGUUUGAUUGUAUUCGUUUUCGUCUUAUGACAGAAAAAUAUUUUAAAGAUCAUGUUGAGAAAGAUGAGAUAAUUAAAAGCAACCCAGAACUCCAGAAAAAAAUCAAAGUUCUCAAAGAUGCCUUCGCAGGCAAACUCCCCGAACCUAGCAAAAAUGCAGAGAAGGCUGGGACUGGUGAGGUGAAUGGUGAUGUUGGUGAUGAAGACUUACUUCCUGGUUACCUGAAUGACAUUCCCAGGCACGGGAUGUUUGUCAAAGACCUCAUCCUCUUGGUUAAUGACACAGCUGCAGUGGCUUAUGAUCCCACAGAAAAUGAGUGCUACCUUACUGCACUGGCUGAGCAGAUUCCCAGAAAUCAUUCUAGCAUUGUUACCCAACAAAAUCAGGUGUAUGUGGUAGGAGGACUAUAUGUGGAUGAAGAAAAUAAAGAUCAGCCUCUACAGUCUUACUUCUUCCAGCUUGAUAACAUAACAUCUGAGUGGGUUGGACUUCCACCUCUGCCUUCAGCCAGGUGUCUCUUUGGUCUGGGAGAGGUAGAUGACAAAAUCUAUGUAGUGGCAGGCAAGGACCUUCAAACAGAGGCUUCGCUGGAUUCAGUAUUAUGCUAUGAUCCCGUGGCUGCAAAGUGGAAUGAAGUUAAAAAACUGCCUAUCAAAGUCUAUGGCCACAGUGUGAUUUCACAUAAGGGGAUGAUAUAUUGUCUAGGAGGAAAGACAGAUGACAAAAAGUGUACAAACAGGGUGUUUAUCUACAACCCCAAAAAAGGAGACUGGAAGGAUCUGGCUCCAAUGAAAAUCCCUCGUUCCAUGUUCGGAGUGGCAGUGCAUAAAGGCAAAAUUGUGAUUGCGGGAGGUGUCACUGAAGAUGGUCUUUCAGCUUCAGUGGAAGCUUUUGACCUCACAACCAAUAAAUGGGAAGUAAUGACUGAAUUUCCCCAAGAAAGAAGCUCCAUCAGUUUGGUCGGCCUGGCUGGAUCCCUAUAUGCCAUCGGUGGUUUUGCCAUGAUUCAACUGGAGUCCAAAGAGUUUGCCCCCACUGAAGUCAAUGACAUAUGGAAGUAUGAAGAUGAUAAAAAAGAAUGGGCCGGGAUGUUGAAGGAAAUACGUUAUGCUUCAGGAGCUAGUUGCCUAGCAACACGUUUAAACCUCUUCAAACUGUCUAAACUAUAAAUGGGGAGGCGGAAAAAAAAACAAUAGAAUGGGAUGUGUUUUGUUUGGAAAUAGGGCUUUAAUUUAUUCUGUUUUUCAAAAGCCUACGCAGAGAUUCAUGUAGAAAUUAUUCA